AUGGGCUCCAUGCAGAUGCUGCAGGGGUGGUGUUGCUGCGCCCCGUCGGCUCUCGCCAUUCUGCCUUACGUGGGCGGCGCAGGGAAAGGAGGGGAGGGGAGGGGAGGCGAGAGGUCCCGCGAGCCGGUGCGUCGAACCGGCGGGAAUCCCUCCGGCUCGCAGGCUUCCUUUCGCGAGAAAAAUGACGAGAAGAAUCUUUGCCGGCAACUUCUUUGA